UGACUUUCUCUCUCUUCAAUCUUCAUCAUCCUUAUCUCUCAUCUCUCUCUUGAAUCUUCAUCUUGAAGAAAUUAAGAAACUUAAAUCUUUAUCAUCUUCAUCUGAUGUUCUUACCCCCCAUGUUUUUUCCGAUGAUGUCCUUAUCCCCCCCCCCCUCCCGGCUGCAGAAGCGGUGGCGGCGGUUGUACGGAGACUCAAGAUCACACUCCGACCACCGUAUCCUCUGCCACCGUCACAGUAUCCUCCACCACCGUUCACCACCAUUCAACGGAGAUAAACCCCUGGACGCCGCCGCCGCACAGGAGGGUGGGUGUGGUGUCUGAAAGUUGCCUAGUUGUACCAGCCGCCGCCACCACCGUUCACCACCAAAUCUUGUAAAUGUACAAGUGGAGAUGCAUAAGGUACAACAAGCUCUUGUUGGUGGUUGUUUACUCGUACUGCGUUUUUUGUACUUGUGGGUUUUGAUGGAAGUGUGGUAAAGAUCUCCGGCGGCAUACUCACCGUCUUCGACCACCAACAAGAAGACCAGACCCCCUCUUUUUUUUUCUGAAAAAUUUGUCAUCUUUUUUGUUGGUUUUUUGUUAAAGAUCUGAAAAAAAACUUGUGGGUUCUGAUGAAAGUCUGUUAAAGAUCUGAAAAAAACUUGUGGUUUUUUUGAUGAAAGUGUGUUAAAGAUCUGAAAAAAAACUUGUGGGUUUUGAUGAUACUUGGGGUUUUUGAAGAAAGUGUGUUAAAGAUCUCCGGCGGCAUCUUCGGCAUCUCUGGUGGUGCCGAUGGCGCCCGGUUGGUCGAAAGACGGUGGUGGGGAGGUGGUUGGUGGGGAGUUGUGCAGAGGCGAAAGACGGUGGUGGGGCGGUGGUUGGUAGGAGUCUUUGCGACAGCCGCGUUGGAUGCGUGUGCCCCGUUUAUUCGUUUUCGGAGGUGUUGCCGGUGGAGUGUAAGUUUAUUCGUUGCUAGUAGUUGCUUGGAUUCUACAAAUCUCUCGUCGUCGGAGGUGUUGCCGGUGGAGUAUACAAUCAAGAAAGCUGGGGGCGUGAUGAACCCGAUCAUCAAGAACCAACGAGGGCGACUUUACGUGUAUGAGGUGACUUUUCACCGAUGAGUUUUCACCGAUGGUGUCGGUGGUGCCGUUUUUUAUAUCAUCAGUAAAUCGGCAUUCUUUAGUUUUUAUUAUUUGAAAUUCUGUCGGACCUGGCAAUGAACGAGGUGACUUUUGGUGUACGUUAGGUGUAAUAUGUUUUUAUUGAUAUUUUGGACCCAUUUUACGCAUUA